AUGAUAAUUCUUCAAAUGAUGGAGUAUUGGAAUGUAAUGUCUAUUCAAAAAGUGUGUUACACCUUAUUGUUGAGAUGAAAAAUGAAAUUGGUACUAGUGGCUGUGAUUCAACUUACAACUGGCCAUCUUUUCUUUUAUGCUUGGCCAGACCUUGGGUGUGUAUUUUAGGGGCUAUAUAUGUUAAGAAACUCAUUAUAGAUCUUUUGACAGACUUCAUACCUCUCAUUCCUACAAAUGAUCGAGCUUACACAGAGCGAGUGGCACGGCUUUUCAAAGCCUUGCACUUGGGAGUUAAUAAGUUAACAGAGUAUUAUGGAUCGUUAGAUGCACUUACAGAUCCAUGA